UGUGUCAUAAAGGCAGUAGUGAAGAUUGAUUGGAUCCGAGGAGAGAGAAACACACAGCAAGAGAGAGAGAGAGAGAGAGAGAGAGAGAGGAGGAGCCAAUCCAGUAAAAAAGCAAAGCGAGGGAGCACAAGCAGAAGAGAGAGAAAGGUGGAGCCAAUCCAGUACCAUCAUUGAUCAGUCCUAGUACUAGUAUCCUCUAUCUCACUUCACAAUUACCUCAAACUGUAGUCUAAACCUAGGUUUCCAACUUCAAUCCCCCCUUUACAUUUCCAGACCUACAUAAUAAGAACAGUGUCUAUGCAUGUGUGUUGUGUAUGUAUCACCGGUUUGCCCGAAUCCGUGCUUUUGUAUGAAGUAUUACUCUUUGUUCCAGCUCUAACUAGGAUUUUACUCGUGACCUGAACGUGAAAUUCGCUUUUGGGGAUCUGGGUUUUCUAGGGUUUCUGCUCAAAGUAAGUUUUUGGUGCUGGUUAAGCUCGAACUUGGGGUUUUUUUUUUCCUUCUGCUUUUGCUUCUAAGUCUGGUUCGGCUGAGCUGAGAUCUGUUGAGUUCCGGAUUCUUUUCUCCUUCUGUGUUUCUCUAUUUUGAGCUAGACAGAUUUGGCAACUGGGGGUGUGGUAUGAACUGGUUAACUGGGUGGAAGGUUUGAUUUUUUUUGCAGUUUUUUGAUUGGUGUAUUUGGGGUUGGGUUUGAGAAGAUCAAGUGCGGAUGAGGCUGAAGUCAAUUGUGUUUGUUAGUGGAACUGGGUUCGGUUGAAGUGAUCAGAGGGGGGUAUUCUUGGUGGUUUUUUCCUAGACAUUGAAGGUUGUAGGGGGGGUACUGGGUUAGCACUUGGGAGUACAUUCAGAUUUGGAGGGGGUUUUUGUGGGGGGGGGGAAAAAGUGAAGGUUGUAAUAUGGUGUUUUUGGGUGGGAAGGAAGUGCAAGAAUCCAUUUUUCAGUCCCUUGAAUUGUUGUGGUAAGAGCGUUUGGGGCUCCAAAUUUUUGGGGUUGUAAUAAGCCGUUCUUGAAUCUCCAGAAAUGAGGCUCUCUUCUGUUGGUUUCUCACAGCAGUCGCCUGAAGGGGAGAAGAGAUGUCUGAAUUCUGAACUUUGGCACGCGUGUGCGGGUCCUCUUGUUUCCCUUCCUGUCAUUGGGAGCCGCGUGGUUUAUUUCCCUCAGGGUCACAGUGAGCAGGUUGCUGCAUCGACCCACAAGGAAGUGGAUGCCCAUAUACCUAACUACCCGAGCUUACCUCCUCAACUUAUCUGCCAGCUUCACAAUGUGACAAUGCAUGCAGAUGUGGAGACAGAUGAGGUCUAUGCUCAGAUGACAUUGCAGCCACUGAGCCAGCAAGAGCAAAAGGAUGCCUCCUUCCUUCCAGCAGAUUUAGGUGCCCCCAACAAGCAGCCAACAAAUUAUUUCUGCAAAACAUUGACAGCCAGUGACACUAGUACUCAUGGAGGAUUUUCAGUUCCUCGCCGUGCUGCUGAAAAAGUGUUCCCUCCAUUGGACUUCUCUCAGCAGCCUCCAGCUCAAGAGUUAAUAGCAAGGGAUCUGCAUGAUAAUGAGUGGAAAUUUAGACAUAUAUUCCGCGGCCAGCCAAAGAGGCAUCUUCUUACUACUGGGUGGAGUGUGUUUGUCAGUGCAAAAAGACUUGUUGCUGGUGAUUCAGUCCUUUUCAUAUGGAAUGAGAAGAACCAAUUGUUUCUUGGUAUACGGCGUGCUAAUCGUCCCCAAACUGUGAUGCCUUCUUCAGUUUUAUCAAGUGACAGCAUGCACUUGGGGCUUCUUGCUGCGGCAGCUCAUGCUGCUGCAACUAAUAGCCGUUUCACCAUAUUUUAUAAUCCAAGGGCGAGCCCAACAGAGUUUGUCAUACCUCUUGCCAAAUAUUUUAAAGCAGUUUAUCACACUCGAGUUUCUGUUGGCAUGCGCUUCCGAAUGCUGUUUGAAACUGAAGAAUCGAGUGUCCGUCGCUACAUGGGCACCAUCACUGGCAUUAGUGACAUGGAUCCUACUCGGUGGCCAAACUCGCAUUGGCGCUCAGUGAAGGUUGGUUGGGAUGAGUCUACUGCUGGGGAAAGGCAGCCUAGAGUCUCUCUAUGGGAAAUUGAACCUUUGACAACAUUCCCCAUGUAUCCAUCCCCAUUCCCCAUCAGGCUCAAGCGACCAUGGCCUCCUGGAUUACCUUCUUUUAACGGGAUGAAGGAGGAUGAACUGGGAAUGAAUUCGCCACUCAUGUGGCUCCAGGGUGAUAACGGAGAUCGCAGUCUCCAGUCUCUCAACUUUCAAGGCAUAGGGGUCGCGCCUUGGAUGCAACCAAGGAUUGAUGCCUCCAUGCUUGGUAUGCAGAAUCACAUGUACCAAGCUAUGGCCGCUGCUGCUCUUCAGGAGAUGAGGGCUUCCGAUCCUUCCAAACAGACACUUCCAUCCGUUCUUCAAUUCCAAAAUACCCCUGGCAUGCCUCCUGGUCUAGUUCAGCCCCAGAUGUUGCAGCAAUCUCAGCCCCAAUCCCAAUCUCAUCUUCUUCAGCAACAAUUGCAGCACCAGAACGCUUUCAAUAAUCAAAAUCAACAACAGCCACCAUUGUCACAACAACAGCAACAGCAGCAAGUUUCAAAUGCUGUUUCUGCCCUUUCUCAGUUUGCUUCAAACUCUCAAGCCCAUUCACCAUCAUUGCAAGCUAUCUCUUCCAUGUGCCAACAACAGAGCUUUUCUGACUCUAAUGGGAACCCUGUCACCAAUGGGAUUGUUUCUCCUCUCCACAGCCUUAUGGGUUCAUUUACCCAAGAAGAAGCAUCCCACCUGCUAAACUUACCAAGAAAUAGUGAUGCAUUGUUAUCUUCUUCUGGGUGGCCACCAAAGCGAAUUGCUGUUGAUCAUCUUCUAUCCUCUGCAGCAUCGCAAUGUAUUCUUCCUCAGGUGGAGCAGUUGGGACCGCAUCGUACAAACACUUCUCGAAAUGCUAUCUCCUUGCCACCAUUUCCUGGUAGAGAGUGCUCCAUUGAUCAAGAAGGAAGCAACGAUCAUCAGAACCAUCUUUUGUUUGGGGUUAACAUAGAUUCCUCGUCUCUUCUUAUGCACAAUGGGAUGUCAGGCAUUAGGGGAGUUGGUAGUGAUGGUGAUUCGGCUAAUGUGCACUUUGCCUCUUCCAAUAAUUAUUUGAGUAAUUCAGGGACUACAGGCACAGAUUUUUCAACUAAUCCAGUAUUGACACCUUCCAGUUGCAUUGACGAAUCUGGUUUCCUACAGUCUCCUGAAAAUCUGGGUCAAGAAAACCAACCAACUGGAACCUUCGUUAAGGUUUACAAGGCAGGGUCCUUCGGCAGAUCACUUGACAUCUCCAAUUUCAGCAGCUACCAUGAGUUGCGGAGUGAGCUUGCUCGCAUGUUUGGCCUUGAAGGCCAGUUGGAGGACCCACUGAGAUCAGGCUGGCAGCUUGUAUUUGUUGACCGGGAGAAUGACGUUCUUCUCCUUGGCGAUGACCCCUGGCAGGAGUUCGUGAGCAGUGUAUGGUGCAUCAAGAUUCUCUCUCCUCAAGAAGUGCAAGAAAUGGGCAAACAGGGUCUAGAGCUUCUGAACUCAGUCCCAAUACAGAAGCUCUCUAAUAGCAAUUGUGAUGACUAUGGGAGCAGACAGGGCUCGAGAAAUUUGAGGAAUGGGAUCGCCUCUCUGGGGUCUCUUGAUUACUGAAAGUCUGAAACCAUUAACUAGUGGUUAAGACACAGCUCCCGUCUCCUGUAAGGUUAGCGAUUCUUCCUAUCCGAUAUAAUCAUGUGGAAGGAUUGCCUAAUUCUUAGCUUAACGGUUAUUUAUUAGCUACAUUGUAAGUAUGAUACAAAAUCUUGGUUCGUUACUAUGCUCAAGGAAUCCACCGGUACCUAUUUUAGUAGGAAACUGAUAUUCUUAGAGACAACUGCUGCUGUUUUAUUCUGUUAUAUAUGUCAAGACUGAACUGAAGUUUUCAGGAUUA